UGCCGUACGGCGAGCCGGGGCCCAGAGAGAGCGCGGCCCGGCGAUCGCCAGUGCGCGGGGCCGGGACUGGGGCCGGGGUAGCCAUGGCCAGUACAAUGGUGGCAGUUGGCUUGACCAUAGCAGCAGCUGGAUUUGCAGGUCGCUAUGCAGUGAAAGCUAUGAAGCAGAUGGAGCCACAAGUAAAACAAGCACUUCAGAAUCUACCAAAAGCUGGCUUCAGUGGUUAUUACAGAGGUGGAUUUGAAACCAAAAUGACUAAACGAGAAGCAGCUUUAAUACUAGGAGUGAGCCCUACAGCCAACAGAAGUAAAAUUAGAGAAGCUCACAGACGGAUAAUGCUUCUGAAUCAUCCAGAUAAAGGUGGCUCUCCAUAUGUAGCAGCCAAGAUCAACGAAGCUAAAGAUUUAUUGGAAGACCAAGCUAAAAAAUGAAGGAGAAAAUCAAGAGGGUUUGUCCAUACAAAUAAUUAUUUUUGAUAAAUGGCUUUAAAGAAGUUCUAAUGUCAGUCUUUGACUUAUAUAAAUGAAGCUGGAAGCAUGAAUCCACAGAGGUACUUCCCUCCCCACUCAUUUCUUAAUCACUUCUUGGGGAAACAUUUGCAGGAGUGAGGCUUAAAGUGCUUUUUGUAGCUCUCAUUUUUAAGGCAGCAAAAUCUGCCACUGAAGAAAUAAUUUUCAGUAGAAAGGAGUAAUAACUUUGGCCAAUGCAUGUUACCAGAUACAGGUAGACUUCCAUGCUGUUACCUAAUUUUUGUUGAACUAGCUGUGUUUAAAGGUCAUGCUGCUGCUCUUUCAUAUGCCAAAGUUAGCAUAAGGAGCUGGUCUAAGGGGGGGAGGAGUGGAAAUCAGGAGGCUUUAUGAUGGAUGUGUGUGGUUGUCUGAAGAAAUAAAUUAAACCAUGGACUUGUCUUUGCCUUGUCAAAACAAGGUAGGUUGAACUUCCCAAGUGUCAUGGAUUUUAUAGUAACUUUCAAUUUUUAAUGCAUUUUAUAGCAUAUAAUAAAUUCUAAAUUUGCAAAAGCACCGUAAUGUUAUAUGUUCUCUUAGGCUACAAAGUUAGAAUUCACAGAGUAAGGUUUGCAUUUAUAGUAACUGGGAACCAGCAAGAUACCUGAGCUGGAUUAUCCUGCUGCAUGAAGCCCAACAUAUCCCAACAGCUGUGUUUGUAAGUAUCCAAGGGCUCUGUCAUACUCCCAAGACUCUCCCUAGUCUUUCUGCAAGUGCAGUAAAGCUGCUGUAUAGCACAGGUGAGAGCUGGCAUCCCUCUGUUCAUAAAUGUAGGGGGUUUCAGAGCCCUUGUUACUUCAGAGUAAUAGAGUAUGUAGUCGUGCAUCCUGUGUGUGAGUGCUUGCUGGCUGCUGUCACUGCAUUUCUGUAGGCUAGUGCUAGGCUGUUCAGUAAGUAGUGCCAGAACAACAGUAAGAAAGAGUGCUGUGCCUUCAGAGGAGAGGACCAGAUUAGUAACAGUAUGGAAUGGAAGGUGUUUCAAACCUGUGGAGAGAGAGAGAGGAGUAACUGCUUUAUUACAGGUGGAAAAAAGGACCUGGAACAUUGCCAUGCAGCAGAAUGGCGCUGUAGCUGUUUUUCCCUGCCAAAUAGUGCUGACCUUUUAAACCUAAGGAGGAAGGAAAGGUAAAAAAGCUAUUAAUUUUGUGGCCACCUUAUCAGGUGAGAUGCUUGUGCACACUUCAGCUAAAUUAAAUGCAUUUGUUCUCCAGAAGGGUACCGUUGAUAAGCAUCAACACGUAUUAAAAACUGCACAUCUGCUUAAAUCAAAUACGUCCCCAACCCUACUUGGUACAGUUCUUUUGUAGCUUCAGAGUACUUAUUUUUGUCCUUAACACCUUUCUGGGUGAAAUCAGAUAGGACAGAGCACGAAGUUUGCUCUGACUUCUUAGAACAUAUCCUUGCUCCCCAGAGGC